AAGUUUUUCUUCGUCUCGAAGAGUUCAUCAACAUUUAGCGGUUUUAGCGAUCCGACUGACGUUGUCGUGCAAGUCUGCCGGUGUUCAAGUUUGUUCAGAUCUACAAGGAUGGCAUCAACAAGCAACAUGCAAAGUUUGGAUGACAACAGAAGUGCAAAAAAGGAUGAUUCUGUGCAACCGAGCACUAGCAGAAGGAAGAAGUGCUACAAGUGUGAGGAGUGCAGCAAGCAGUUUAGUAGGCUCGAUCAUCUAAAGAAACACAAGCGAACUCACACAGGGGAGAAACCGUACCGGUGUGAGGAGUGCAGCAGGCAGUUCAGUGAGCCUGGCCAUCUGAAGAGUCACAUGCGAACUCACACAGGGGAGAAACCGUACAGGUGUGAGGAGUGCAGCAGGCAGUUCAGAGAGCUGGGUCAUCUGAAGAGACACAUGCGGACUCACACAGGGGAGAAACCCUACAGGUGUGAGGAGUGCAGC